AUGCGUCCACGAAAGCUUCUCUCGUGCGUCGCUCUACGAGUAGUCUUCGGCGACGCACUAGCCUCCCCAAUUAAAACCGGCAUCGGGGCCGCACUUAUUUCUCGAGCCGCGCUACUUAUUUCUUUCCUCGUCGUAAUUUACUUCCCUACGUCUUUUGCGCAGCCCGCACCUAUUCUCACCCCUCAAAUAUCCGCGCUAGCCAAGCCCUCCGCUUCCGUGCUUCCGCCAGCGCUCUCCCAAGCGUGUCCGCACACGGGGCUUGCGCCGUCCGCAACCGCCAUCGCGUCAACCCGAUGCCCCGCGGCAUCCGCGCAAUCGUGCUGCGGAGCUUGCGCGGAUCUCAACGCCGCGCUCGGACUUGCCAGUGCGAGUUUGGGCGACCUGGUGUCGCUCGUCAGUCCCGAAGCGCUGAGCUUCGUGCAACCCAAUGCUAAGGCGUGCGACGCGUUCAUCGGGCAGACCAAGUGCCUGCAGCUGCUGGAGGACCUCACCUGCGCGCUCACGUGCAACCCAGAUGCGGGCGCGUAUGUGAGCUCCACUGCAGCAGGCACGGCGAUCAGCGUGUGUGACGCGUUUGCACAGGCGGUGAUGGAAGACUGCCAAGGCAUUGACCUCGAGUGGCGCCACACCCCUCCUCCUCCACGCAAUAAAUCCGUCCUCCCUCCCCCUUACUUCCCCUUGCCUUUCCUCCCUCUCCACCUGCCAGUGGGGGAGGUAUCCAUGAGUCGAGUAGCGCCGGACCCAUCGUCCUUCAUGAGCAUAGUGGCAGCGAGCGUGACAUCACUCAUGGGCGCGGCUGACGUCACCAUCACUGUAGAUAACACUGGCUCCCGCGGGAUGACUGCUCCAGGACCCGUCCCCUCCUCCGGCAUGGGCAUAGUGGCAGCGAGCGUGGCAGCACUCAUGGGCGUGGCACAAAUGGUCGCGGCUGACUUAACUAUCACUGGUUCUUGUGUCAACGGCACGGGUCUCCACCCCCGCUACACUGCCUGCUGUGCUGUGACCCUCCCUCCAUACAAAGCUGGCUCACCUACUGCUCGUUCUGCACUCCCUUCCUCCCCCUCCACAGCCCUUCAGAGAUCUUGUUUCAACGGCACUGGUCUUUACCCCCGCUACACCGCCUGCUCGUUUUUCCACCCUCCCUCUCCCUCACUCAUUUUCUCCCCCUUUCUCUUCACUCCUUUCAGAGAUCUUGCUUCAACGGCACGGAUGUGUGACAUGUUCACGGGCAGUCAGAUGUGCGGGCAAGCCAUAGAGGAUCUGCUGUGCGCCAUCACAUGUAACCCAGUCGGAGCUGUCCCCCUCAGCGCUCUCAUCACCUCUUCCGAGUCGUUCCUUAAUGCCAUCGCAGCCAGUGUAAUGAAGGCCAUCGGCUACAGUAACAUUAACAUCGUUGUAGAGAAGGUACAGUGCUGCAUUUGCAUCUAA